AUGAUGUCAAGAACUGUGUCAUCCUGGAUCUUAAGCUCGGCAAGAAAUGGCAUUGUUCUACAAGGAAAAGGACGUUUGUACUCCAUCUGUAUCUCAAACAGAAACAAGAUAAAAUGGAAGCUUGUUUUCUCCAAAACACGUCUCUACCCUGCUGGUAGCAGCAGUUUAGACAAUGUUUUUUCCUUAAAGGCAUUUCGACACACUUCUACUGAAGAAGAACAUUUUUCUUUCCAGUUGUCUCCAUCACAAAUCAAUGAUAUACUCAGAGCAGGGGAAUUAUCCCAUAAAAUACUGUCUUUCAAUGGUAAAAAUGCAAAUUCUGUGUUAAGGUUUGAAAGUAACCAGUUGGCAUCCAACACCCCUAUAGAGGACCGCAGAAGUGCAGCCACUUGUUUGCAGACCAAAGGGAUGAUGUUUGGGGUCUUUGAUGGUCAUGCAGGUUCUGCGUGUGCUCAGGCAGUGAGUGACAGGCUCCUUCACUACAUAGCAGUUUCUCUCAUGUCUCGGCAAACCUUGGAAGAGCUUGAGCUUGCUGUGGAGUGCAUGAAACCAGUUCUGCCUAUUCUGCAGUGGCACAAGCAUCCUAAUGAUGUAGAGUAUCGAGAAAUAACUUCACAAUAUUUUGAAAACCUCCGGGUUUACUGGCAACAUUUACUGGACCUAGACACUGAGCCAGGAUUUAGUCUAGAAGAAGCCAUGAUAUGUGCAUUCAAAAGGUUAGACUCAGACAUAUCGCUGGAAGUUCAGGCACCCCAGGAAAAUGAGUUGAUGAGAAAUGUUGCCCUUCAAGUAGCUUUUUCUGGUGCAACAGCCUGCGUAGCUCACAUUGAUGGUGUUCACUUACAUGUUGCAAAUACUGGUGAUUGCAGAGCAAUUUUAGGGGUUCAUGAGGAAGAUGGGACGUGGUCUACUCUCCCUCUGACCCGAGACCACAAUGCCUUCGACGAGUUUGAAAUUAGAAGACUGAAAAGGGAACAUCCUAGAUCUGAGGAGAAAACCCUCUUUGUGAAUGACAGGUUAUUGGGGAUUCUUAUGCCCUCCAGAGCUUUUGGAGAUGUGCAAUUAAAGUGGAGUAAGGAACUGCAGCAUAGUGUUCUUGAGAGUAGCUGUGAUGUUGAGGAUUUAAAUAUUUACCAGUAUGUUCCCCCAAACUACCAUACCCCGCCUUAUUUAACUGCAGAGCCUGAAGUCACAUACCACAAAUUAAGAAGCAAGGAUAAGUUUCUAGUUAUUGCUUCAGAUGGACUGUGGGAGAUGCUAAGUAAUGAGAAGGUUGUAAAACUUGUUGCUGGACACCUUACAGAGCUUGAUGUGCAGAAACCACAACUGGCUUUUGAGAAACCAGUUAAUUUGGGUUACAUGCACAGUUUGUUACUUCAGAGGAAAAACAGAGGCAUUGCCUCGCUUGACCAGAACAUAGCUACUCAUUUAAUAAGGCAUGCGAUUGGAAGUAAUGAGUAUGGGGAGAUGGACCAAGAGAAACUUGCUGCAAUGCUGACGCUGCCUGAAGACCUUGCAAGAAUGUAUAGAGAUGAUAUCACAGUUACCGUGGUGUAUUUUAAUUCAGAAACAAUUGAAAAUUACUACAGAAACAAUAAGUAGACCUGUGCUGCUGCUGUUCUGUACCACUGCUUUGAUACUGAAACCAUUUCUGUCUUUCUCUGAUAGUCAAGCUGUUACCAGUGUUAUGGUCUGGAAGUUCUGAAAUCUUUUUGUUACUU